UACUGAUCUUAUAAUAAGAGACAAUAAGAAAAAGAUAUGAAACUCACACUCAUUCCCGUGGUGUUGAUAGCAACAGUUGCGAGUGUGGAAGGUCAGGCUCUGGACGUGGAUUGGCGAAUCGUGGCGGCCGAGCUGGACUCUCCUCGCAAGGUGGAGUAUUACGCGUCGUGCGCCUCCGGCCAGGGGAGCUGCGACACGAGAGGCCUUCAGCUGCGCACAUACAUCCCCAUUGUCGCAAGAGGCGAAAGGUGUUUCAGGUGUUCACCGCGAGAGAACAGGAACCUUCUCCAGAUGGUCUCCACUCUGCAGCGUCGCUAUCCUCGCUGUUGGCAGAUCCUUGUGCUGGCGGCGCAGAAUAAGCCCACUCCUUCCGCUCGCGGCUGCGCUAGCUAAAUGUAUGAUUUGCAGGGUCCAGGAUUUUAAAAAUCGUGAUAAAAUUUAAGUGUUACUAGUUUUUAGUAACAUCAUUAUAAAGCUUUUAACGGUAAAGUGACAGGAAAGGAAUAAUGAAAUGUUGAUGUAGUACAGUAAUAUCAAGAAAAAAAAUACAAUAAAAUACAUAGCUAAAUGUAUGAUUCAUAGGCGCCUUCCUGACUGGCUGUAUCCCUAGGUAGAGGAGUAAAAUAUUUCCUUUUUG